AUGCUGUUGAUGAUUGAAAAGGGAAUUCUGGGAGGUGCCUCAAUGAUAUCAAAUCGCUUUGGAAGGGCAAAUAAUCCAUAUAUGGGUGAAGCUUAUGAUGAAAUAAAGCCAACGAAAUUCAUCACCUAUCUUGAUGGGAAUAGUCUCUAUGAAUGGGCAAUGUGCUGGUCUCUUCCUGUUGGAAAUUUCAAGUGGAUUACUGACUUUGAUAACUGGAGAAAUAUUCCUUGCAUUCUUGAGGUAGAUCUUGGGUACCCAAAAGAGCUUCACGACUUGCAUAACGAUUAUCCACUUGCUCCUGAGAGAUUGAUCAUUAAUGGAGUAGAAAAACUGAUUCCAAAUCUGAAUGAUAAGGAUAUCUACAUAGUUCAUCACAAUACACUGAAACAAUAUCUCGAUCUCGGUUUGAGGAUCAAAAAGAUUCAUAGGGAUAUAAGUUUUGAAGAAGAGCCUUGGCUCAAGAGCUAUAUCGAGCUCAAUACAAACCUGCGAAAGUAAGGAAUGACUUCAAGAAGUAUUUUUUCAAGUUAAUAACAACUCUGUCUCUGGAAAAACUAUGGAAAACAUCAGGAAUCGUGUGGAUGUGAGAUUAGUCAACAACCUCAAGAAAACAUUGAAACUUGUAGCAAAACCAAACUUCAAGCAUUGCACAAUAUUCAAUAAAUAUCUCGUUGCGAUCCAAGUGAAGCAAACCAAGCCGAUGUUUGACAAACCGGUCUAUUGUGGAAUGAGCAUCCCCGACUUCAGGAAGACUCUGAUGUAUGACUUCCACCAAUAA